AUGGCUACGAACGACAAGGACAACACUCUUAUCGGUGCGCGAGGCACUGACGUUUACCCCGGCGUCGCGAACCCUACAGAGUCGUCGCGCAACGACGACCCGCUCGCGGCUAACUUCGUCACUGACCCUACAACCGACUCAUUUGGCGCGGGUGUUAACAGCAGCUUCACCGGCCACGAGGACGCCGCGCGGAACUUCAAGAAGACCGCCGGUGUCGUCGAGGGCCGUCCGGGCAUCAUCGAGUCGUCGAACAUCGAUCCGCUAAACGAGAACUCCAACAAAGACGACGGCUGGGCCAAUGCGCGUUCAACAGGCACGGGCACGGGCAUAGGCUCGACGGGUUCAGACCUCACCUCGACCGCCGCGAGCACUGCAAGCUCGGCCGCAUCCACCGCGGCAAGUGCGGCUAUGACCGCUGCGAACAUGGCUACUGGCGCGGCACGCAUGGCAUACGGACACGCCGUCGGCGACGAAAAGGCCAAGCAGGCAGGGAAGGAAGCCGUGUGGGGCAAGCAGUAGACCUGCGCCGUGGAUGAUGUCACCAUUAGGCUCGUAAAGUGAUAAGCGUGGAAGUCAAUCCUGCAUGACGCAUGUAUAAUUAGUGUACAAAUCUCAGGGUUUUUCUUGGACG